AUGUCAUCAUCUGCAUCAGAGAUACGAGGACUGGAACUUCUAAGAGAAGGAAUUGCUUACCUAGAUCAGCAAGCAAAAAUUCGCAAGUUCGUGUUUCAAUGUGGACUUGAACCAGCUGAAACAUUCCAGUUGUCAUCUUUUAAGGAGAUGUAUCAUGGGGCUCGGGCUGUAAUUUCAACGUAUGAAUCUAUUCUGCAGGAGCAACUAAAAGAAACUGAGCUCCGUGCAAAGGAACACAAGGAGGAAUGGCUAACAAGUGGCUGCAGUGUAAUUUUGGACUGUUGGAAGAGCGAAAAUGGUGAAAAAAUCUUUGUAAGUGUUCUGGUGCAUUGCAGCAAAGGGCUUUUGUUCCUCAAGUCCAUGGAUAUCUCCACAAUGAUUAAUGAUGUGGACGAUUUAGCAUCCAUGCUUUCUAAGGUCGUUGAUGAUGUUGGUGCCCGUCAUAUUGUUCAGGUUGUCACAACCGAUGUGUCCUCACAUAUGCAAGCUGCACAGCAUGCAGUGCUAAAGAAAUAUGACCAUUUGUUCUUCUUCACGGUAUGUGCUGACCAUUGCAUCAACCUUUUGCUCGGGAAAAUUGCAGCACUUGAACACAGCAGUGAGGUUCUGACAAAGGCAAGGGAAAUAACAGGGUUUAUAUAUGGUCAUAAGCCGCCAAAUGAACUGAUAAAAGGAUAUAUUCAAGGCUGCAAUAUUCUGAGCAGUUAUCGGUUGGAAUUUGUUGCGAAAUUCAUCACAUUAGACAGGUUAGUUUCUGAGAGAGAAAAUCUAGUGAAGAUGUUUAGCUUGCCCGAGUGUUAUUCUGCUAGUUGGGAUUCUAGCAGUCUUACAGAUGAUGAAUUUUGGUCUGCUGCUGCUGAUGUUUUGAAGGUUACAAAUCCGUUUGUCAAUGUGCUGUUUAAGCUGGAAGCUGACAAUUGUCCAAUGGGUAUCUUGUAUGAGGCCAUGGAUACUGCAAAAGAAGAAAUACCGUGCAAUCUUCGAGCCAAAUAUGAUUAUUGGGAUUUGGUUGACAAGAUAUGGGAUGAUUAUUUGCACACCCAACUCCAUGCUGCUGGUCAUUUUCUAAACCCAAGACUCUUACACAAAGACCUAUCCUCUGAUGAUCCUGAGAUCAGCAGCGGUAUUGCGGCCUGCAUAACCCGAAUGGCCAAAGGUCAUUAUGAUCCAAGCAUAGUGAAAGCACAAAUUGAAGUAUAUAAAACGAAAUUGGAUUCUUUCGAUUCUGACUCAGCAAUUCAGGAAAUGAUGGAAAAACCGCAAGUGGGUUGGUGGUUAGCGCAUGGGACUGACACGCCUGAACUACAAACCUUCGCGGUUCGCAUCUUAAGCCAAACAUGCUAUGGCGUCUCGAGGUUCAAUUUCAACAGGCGCAUAUCUGAGAAGCUGCAUGGUGCGUUAUCAUAUGCUGAAAAAGAGACGCUUCGUGGACUGGAGUAUGCCCACUAUAAUCUUCGUCUUGCCAUUGAUGUGCCGCGCAUAGGUGGCUGA